AUGCGCUACACUCUCAUCGCUCCCAUCCUGUUAGCAGUCACAGCACUCGCAGUCCCCGUCCCCAAACAGAACGAUGUGAUCGGUGAUGCUGGCGUUGCUGUUAACAUCGGCGGUGAUAAGACUGCCGGUGUCGCUAAGCGUGGCGAUGGCGGCGGUGGUCACGGCGGUGGCAGUGACGACGAUGACUCUAGCUCUGAUCUGAUCGGCAAGCUGGGUGCUGCCAUCAAUGUCGGUGGCGCGGAGACCACCGGAGUUGCGAAGCGCUCCGAGACGGAUGUUAUCAGACCGAAGCUCCGAGAAUCUGGUAACAAAGAGGGAGAUAACCGAACCUCGAAUGAACUGUCAACUAGAUCUCAUGAUCGAGCGAAUUGA